AUAUUACCCCUCUGACGCUGAAGAAAGGGUUUGCACUUUGCGACUAGCAUAUAUAUACUUUGAAAAAUCGAAACAACUGCACAACCGUUGUUGAGAUGAAGAUCGUUCGCAGAGAUUUUAUUCCCAAUGGCCCUGGCAGCGUCAAGAUGAUUCCCGAUGAAUCAGACGAUUUGUGGCUCGCUUAUAAUUUAAUUGCGCCGGGUGAUACUGUCAUGGCUGUUACAAUCAGAAAAGUUCUUAGAGAAGCAGCUUCUGGAUCAAGAGAAGCAGAACGUGUGAAACUAAAACUUGAAAUCAAAGUUGAGAAUGUUGAUUAUGACAAGGAAGGUGCUGUACUGAGAAUACGUGGGAAGAACAUUCUAGAAAACGAACAUGUUAAAAUAGGGCAGUUUCAUACACUUGAAAUUGAACUACAUCGACCUUUUGUGUUAAGAAAGGUGUUAUGGGACUCUCUCACCAUAGAUGCACUUCAACAAGCUGCAGAUCCUUCUGCCAGUGCUGAUCUGGCAGUGGUGCUUAUGCAAGAAGGAUUGGCACAUAUUCUCCUUGUGGGUAAAAGUGUGACCAUAACCCGUUCUCGAAUAGAAGCUUCAAUUCCUCGCAAACAUGGGCCUUCUGUAGCUGGUUAUGACAAAGCUUUGAAUAAGUUCUAUGAGAAUGUCCUACAGGCAUUUGUGAAGCAUAUUGACUUCAAGGUUGUUCGAUGUGCUGUAAUUGCAAGUCCAGGAUUCAGCAAGGAUCAAUUUCAUCGGCAUUUAAUGUUGGAAGCAGAAAGGAGAAAUUUGAGGGACAUAAUUGAGAACAAAUCACGUAUCAUUCUUGUACACUCCACUUCGGGAUACAAACAUAGUUUAAGAGAGGUUCUUGAUGCUCCAAAUGUGAUGAAUAUUAUCAAAGAUACAAAAGCAGCCCAAGAGGUGCGAGUUCUCAAGGAUUUCUUCACUAUGCUUACUAAUGAUCCACAUCGUGCAUGUUAUGGACCAAAGCAUGUUGAGGUUGCCCAUGAAAGAAUGGCUGUUCAGACAUUACUUAUCACUGAUGACCUUUUCAGGAGUUCUGAUGUAGCAACAAGGCAAAAAUAUGUGAAUUUUGUCAACACGGUCAAAGACUCUGGGGGCACCGCUCAUAUCUUCUCUUCAAUGCAUGUUUCUGGGGAGCAACUGGCACAGCUGACAGGAAUUGCUGCAAUACUUAGGUUCCCAUUGCCAGACCUUGACGAUAUUGAGAUGUGAUUUAUGAUUGAUUUAAUCAAGUAUUGGUAUAGUUUGGUUGUUAGCUACACAAUGUUGUACAAGUAGUAAAUAUAUGUUGACCAAACCACAGGAGGGGUGAGGUUUUAAGAUAUAUAUAAAGUUUAUCACUUGUUUUCUAAAUUAUUUCAGUAUCAUAUGUAACCUGUUUACCAUUCAGUUUAUAGUUGAAUUCAAUAAUAUUUUAUUUUGUUUUUGCUUUAUUUGUUGUUAUUUUA